AUGGCGAGGGACGCUUAUCUUAAGCGUUCCCUCGGAACACUCUCCAGGCGCAUCAAAGAGUCGCGUGUGCUUCUUGUCGGUGCCGGCGGUAUCGGUUGCGAACUGCUCAAGAACCUUCUGUUGUCCGGCUUUGGAGAAAUACAUAUCAUUGACCUUGAUACCAUCGAUCUGAGCAAUUUAAACCGCCAGUUUCUCUUCCGUUACGAACAUAUCAAGAAGCCGAAAGCAUUGGUUGCCAAGGAAGUGGCUCAUAAGUUUCAACCGAACGCAAAGCUGGAAGCAUACCAUGCAAAUAUCAAGGACAGCCAAUUCAAUGUGGACUGGUUCGCGACCUUUGAUUUAGUCUUCAAUGCGCUUGACAACCUUGACGCCCGGCGACAUGUGAACAGAAUGUGCCUGGCUGCCAAUGUGCCGUUGAUUGAGAGCGGAACAACAGGGUUCAACGGACAGGUGCAGGUUAUCAAGAAGAAUCAAACCGAGUGCUACGACUGCAAUUCAAAAGAGGUACCCAAGUCAUUUCCAGUGUGCACCAUCAGGAGCACACCGAGUCAACCUAUUCAUUGCAUUGUCUGGGCUAAGAGUUACUUGCUCCCCGAGCUUUUUGGUACCAGUGAAGACGAAUCGGAAGAAUUCGAUCAUUCGGCAGAUGCCGAUAACGGUAAGCACCUUUGGUCGUCAAAUGUGUCGCAAGCCAGUUAUAACCCUGAAGCAGCUGCCGAGAUCGCCAAUCUGCGUAAGGAGGCGCAAGCUCUGAAAGCAAUCCGCGAGUCGAUGGGCUCACCCGAGUUCUAUCAGAAGGUAUUUGAGAAAGUCUUCAAAGAAGACAUCGAACGGCUGCGGGGUAUGGAGGACAUGUGGAAGUCUCGAACGGCACCCCAGCCCCUUGACUUCGAAAAACUGCAGCAAGAAUCCUCCUCAAUCGAGCCCAUCAUCUCUGUCAACGAUCAAAAAGUGUGGUCAUCAGCCGAAGACUUCGUUGUUUUCAAGGAUAGGUUCGAAACGCCGUCGCUUAUGACAAUUCUUCACGAACAAUACUUAGAACGGCUUAGCAGACGCUUAAAGACUUUGCAAGAGACAGCCAAGGAUGGUCUGAAGCCGAUCUUGUUUUUUGACAAGGAUGAUGUCGACACUCUCGACUUUGUCACUGCGAGCGCUAACCUCAGAGCGACGAUCUUUGGAAUCGAGCCUAAGUCAAAGUUCGACACGAAACAGAUGGCUGGGAAUAUCAUUCCCGCAAUUGCGACAACGAACGCGAUGACAGCGGGGCUCUGCGUGUUGCAGGCUUUCAAGGUUCUCAAGGAUGAUUUUCAAAAUGCUAAAAUGGUCUUCCUUGAACGAUCUGGCGCGCGCGCCGUCAAUUCUGAUUCUUUGAAACCGCCUAAUCCGAGCUGCCCUGUGUGCUCGGUUGCUACUGCCAGAAUCAAAAUUGACCCUGAACGUGCGACGGUGAAUGACCUGGUGCAGGAUGUACUCCGGUUGCAAUUGGGCUACGGCGAAGAGUUCUCUCUGAGCAAUGAGUUGGGAACUAUCUACGAUCCGGAUCUUGAAGACAACCUGCCCAAGAAACUGUCGGAUCUCGGUAUCAAGAAUGAGAGUUUUCUCACUGUCGUAGACGAAGAGGAUGAACAACCGCGUGUCAAUCUUGAACUGGUUGUGCUUGUACCUGAGAAACCCGAGCCCUCUGAAGCAGAGAAACCUAUCUCUCUAGAGAAGAUGAUCGAUAUUCCACGGAAGCCCAAGGAACGCGAACCUCCUGUUCCGGAACCUGUAAACGGUGCAGCAGUUACUGGCAAGCGCAAAGCGGAUGAAGCUGGUCUCACCGACGGUGACGAACGUGCGAAACGUGUUGCGAGUGCCUCCGUUGUCGAGGGUGAUGGAGAGCACCCCAUUGUAUUGGAUGAGGCAGAUGGCGGCGCUAUUUUGAUCGACGACUGA